AUGGAAGCUGGCUGCUUUCCCUCUCCCAAGUAUGUGAUUGAAAGGGCUCAAUCCUCAGCAACAGAUAAGAAGGGGGCGACGCGUCAGGGCUUUGCCGGGAGGACGAGGCAGCACGGGGGAGCGAGUCGCGUUGCGGUGGGUCUGCUCGCACUUGGACGAGGCCGCGGGAGCGUCCCCACCAGCGGCCGAGGGACAAACGCCCGGCUCCGGCCGCGCGAUCGGGUGGACGAACGGCGCGAGAAGGAGCCGAGCCUGCCUCGCCGAGCUCGCUCUGAGACUCUUAGAAAGUCCAUCUACGCAGCGGGCUCAUUGCCGCUGCAAAGGAGACUUGCACGGAGCCAGGUUUUAGCCAACGUACGCGUGCGUGUGCAGCGUUUCCAGGGCCCGCGGUUCGGCUGUUCUCCGGAGCACGCGGCGUGUGCCGCGCCGUGGUUCGGCGCUAACUCGAACCUAUGCCUGCCCGGCUUCCUGCGAGCCGAAGGCAGCGCGAACGGUCCCGUAAGGAAAGGUUCAGUUCCUGACUUCACGUACUACGAGAGGCAGGCUGCCGUGUCCGGGCGAAGCUCCUUGCCACCUCAGGAUUACUACAGCGACCCAGCCUUAGCUGCUAGAUCACCUAAAGAUCCCCGCUGCUAUAGAGACCACAUGAUUAGUAGAUCACUACCAAGCUAUGGGAUGCCUGGGAGCAGAUUGUCUUGGGAUCAGGUACAGGGACGAUCACCGGCCCCUCAUGAAGCAAGUCGCAUGUAUAGGGAUCCGAAAAUGGUUCCAGAAGGGCAGAGGAUGCGAAACAGGGAUCUUUCUCCAGCCAGGUACGGUGUUGAGCCCCCUGCCCCCCGAUACGCAGCGGAGGCUCCGACUUUCCCCGCUAGGCAAGUCUACAACGAUACACCAGAGAGACCCAUCGAGGCUACGGCUGCUAGACAGACAACUCCGACGUGCUUGGUCGUUGAUCCAACUUCUGCCGUUGCUCCGGACGGGAGCGUGGUUCCGCCUGCCCUGAGUCGCGGCUGUGGACCAGGCAGGGAAAGCGUCGGUGCUAAAGUUCCUUACGACAGUUACGAACCUGCUGCGACUCCUUCCCACGCUCAGAUGCCUCCGGCUUUCUCCGGCCAGGACAGUAAAAAGACUUUUGAUCCGGAGUUCCUAGCGCUUCUGCGUGCAGAGGGAGUGUCCGAAAGCACGUUCAAUGCUCUGCUGCAGCAAGGGUUUGAUUCUCCCAACUUGCUAGCCAUGAUGGAGGAGAACGAUAUAAAGUCUGUAGCCCCGAAUCUCGGGCAAGCCAGAGUGCUUUCUCGCGUAGCCCAUAAUUUCAAAACAGAAAUGCAGCUCCAAAGGCACGACAGGAAGAGCAGCGCUCUCCGUCCCAGAACCCGAUCGAACAGUUUUAGUCACCGAAGUGAGCUGCCGAAUGAGUACGGCACACACCUCGUCUCAGGUCCCAUUAUAGACGGUUCAGCCGUGCAGCAGCCUUUACAGCCGGUCUCUCCGAGGGUAGGAGAAAUAAAUCGUCGGCCGUCUAGUGCCCCAACACAGCAUCUUCUGGAAACUGCCACCUAUUCUGCAUCUGGGGUAGCUUCUCAGGGGCCUCACUGUCUCCCUAACUCUGGAUACGGCGCUCCUUUCCCUUGCAACGUGCAUCCUCGUCCAGGGUCCACCUACUCUGCUGCUGCUGGGAUGCCCAUGACUGCGGUACAGGCAAACCCUCACGCGAGUCCCAGAACGGCGUAUCCGACCACCUACACGGUGCCCAUGGAGCUGAUGAAGAGGGAGCGGACGGCGCCGGGGUCGCCAGCACACAGCCCGCACGGCAGCCCCCACCCGCAGCACUCCCCGUACCCCAAGCUCAGCCGGCGCACGGGGCCGCCCGUCAUCGUCUCCACUAUGGCAUCACCUGAACCAAGUAUUCGCCCGCAAAUCAUGAAUGGCCCUAUGCACCCCCGUCCCCUGGUGGCUCUGCUAGACGGAAGGGACUGUACAGUCGAGAUGCCGAUUUUGAAAGAUCUGGCCACUGUUGCAUUCUGUGACGCACAAUCAACUCAGGAGAUUCAUGAAAAGGUAUUAAAUGAAGCCGUUGGGGCGAUGAUGUACCACACCAUCACUCUGACUCGAGAAGAUCUAGAAAAGUUCAAGGCCUUACGGGUCAUUGUUCGAAUAGGCAGCGGCUACGACAACAUUGACAUCAAAGCCGCAGGGGAGCUUGGUAGGUGUCACUUCUGUCCCCUCCGCGGUCAGGCCCGCGCCCGUCCGAUUCUUCCAAAGCAGCCCACACCACUGCUUUUUUUUUCCUUAGACGAGCUCUACAGUGCGAUAAAGCUGUCUGCGGCUUGCCUGACGCACGCUUAUACCAACGCUGCAGGUCGCAUCCCCGAAAGCCUAAGGAACUGCGUGAACAAGGAGUUCUUUGUCACAACCGCUCCCUGGUCGGUGCUGGAUCAGCAGGCGAUUCAUCCGGAGCUCAAUGGUGCCACAUACAGGUAUCCGCCCGGCAUGGUCAGCGUCGCCCCGGGAGGAAUACCAGCAGCGAUGGAGGGCAUCAUUCCCGGAGGCAUCCCUGUUACUCACAAUCUUCCAACAGUGGCACAUCCUUCCCAAGCUCCAUCGCCUAACCAGCCCACAAAACACGGGGACAACAGGGAACAUCCCAACGAGCAAUAGCAGAUAAUUUAAAAAUCAUUCAAUAAACUUGGGACCAAGAGACAUUGGAAAAGAAGUUAUACAUGAACUUUGAAAAAAAAAAAAAAGAAAUUUGAUACAAAAUUUGUAAUGUUGAUUUUGGACAGAUGCAUCAUUGAUGUUCCAGUGUUACCGACAAAGUGAUAGCAGUCAAGACUGGGGAGAAGCCCUAAAGAAGUCAUCUGCUUACUGAAGCGCUGAAAACUAGGAUGUGAUACAUUAAUGAUCAACUUCUGUUAUUGUGUGUUAAGUUUCCUUCAUCUGUGCAUCAAUCACAUGAAUAAAAAUAGAUUUUUUCCCUCAAUUCCUUGGGAAGAACAGGGCUUCUGCACCUGUUUUCAAAUAAUUGCAUUAAGCAAUCCUUACGGAGUUAACUUAGAAAUUUAAGAGGAAACCAUUAUGUGGCUUCAGCCCUUUCCUUAACUCUUGUAUCUGGUUACCUCUUCUAGCAGGAGGCAUCAAUACUGGCUUAGAAAUGGAAGACGACAAACCUUUUUUUUUUUUUUCUUUUGCAGUCUCGUAGGGCCAGUGACACGUAACAGACGUUCUCCUGGUCGGUUUGAGGUACAGCCAUAGAACAGGGAGGGCUGAAAAGGCUCCUGGCAUCAGCCGCUGCCCUCCCAAACUAAUAAGACAUAAACUGCCAGUCUCGCCUCUGCCCAAUACACUGAAUAAAGUAGCUGUGCAUUUACUUAUGCCCUCCAAUGAUGCAAAGAAAAAAAAAAAAAGGAAAGGAAAAAAAAAAAACGAGUAUUAAAUUUCACACACUAUUUGUACUCAGAUAUAUUUUCUCAGUUUUAAAUCUGCAGCUAUUUUAUCAAGUGGAAAAGUCUUGAGCUGGAAAGGGUUCAAGAAUAAUGUUGCAUUUCCUUAUGUCUCAGGAAACACUUUUUAUGGUAACUUGUCAGACUGUCUAUGAACAAAACCCACUUUUUUAGACAUUGAUAAAAGUCUUCUUUUCUUCACGUGAUAUUUUAUACAAGAACACUUCAAAAUGUGUUAUUAGAUGUGACUGAUUUUAACAAAUCCUAUUAGAUUUGUAUCAACUAGUUACAUGUUAUAUUCAUAGUCUUUUGUGAAUCAUCGCCUUUUUGUUUUUAAAACGAUGGCCUAUUUUGAGCCUUUGUAUGGGUACAUUCCUGUUUCUGUGACAAAAAAAAAAAAAACUUAAACUGUCCCAAACAGAAAAAAACCAAUGGCUAUCAGAAGUAUGUUUUGUUUUAGUGUGUUACCGUUAUUGUAUUUGUUUAUUGUAAAGGUGGACAUUUAGCGUUCAGUGCAGUUUUCAAUAAAAAGUGAUAAAAUUUCUAUAAUUUCUGAAA